UUGCGCCCCUUUCCUGCGCAUUUGGCAUCGACCGACCAUUGUCCUGUCCCAUUUCCGCCUUAGCCCCAGUUAGAGCCCUAACGGAGCUGAAACUAUCACCCACUGUUUUUUUAACUGAAAAGAGGCCUACCUUUCAAUCCUGGGCAACAGAAUUGGACAAGAUGCCCACCCUUGAGGUUGACGAGUUGGACAAUUCUGUCCGGAUCAAAGUGGGAUACAAUGGAAAUAUACUGGUCACCAACAUAAAAAAUGAUGUGAAAUAUCCCGACUUCUGUGCUGAAAUCAAAGACAUUUGUAAAUUUGAUGAUGUUCAGCCAUUUACAGUGAAAUGGCUGGAUGAAGAAGGCGAUCCAUGUACUAUUUCAUCUCAAAUUGAAUUGAAUGAGGCUAUUCGAUUGUAUGAGGUUAACAAGGAUUCUGAGCUUAACAUACACAUUUUUCCAAAUGUCCCAGCAAGACCAGGCCUGCCUUGUGCAGGAGAAGACAGAAACAUGUAUCGCCGUGGAGCUCGAAGGUGGAGAAAGUUAUACAGAGUGAAUGGUCACCUAUUCCAGGCCAAACGCUUCUCAAGAAAAGCCGCCUGCGCCUUUUGUUCCGAUCGCAUAUGGGGUCUGGGACGCCAAGGAUUCAAGUGCAUCAACUGUCGCGUGACUGUCCACAAGCGCUGCCACAAACUGUACAAGAAACAGUGUGGAGGAGCAGAGGAUAUUCCAGAAGUUGGAGCUUCCCCUCAGAAUGGAGAAAAAGGAGCUUUUGGUGAUUCCAGAUCUAAUGGAGAUUCUAAAGGGGGCAGAUCUCAUCAGAACCUGCCUGUGGAGUAUGGAAAAGAGGAGAUGAAGGUGGAGCAGUAUCGAGAGGAGGAUGAUGAAGAGGAGGACCAUUUUGUUGAUGCUGAGUCUUUUAUGACGGCUAAAGUUGAGGGCUCCAGCACAAAGGACGGCAAUCAGUUGAACCUGGACCACUUCCAGCUGCUGCGGGUCAUAGGUCGUGGCAGUUACGCCAAAGUGCUGCAGGUGGAGCACAAGAAGACCAAGCGCAUCUACGCAAUGAAGGUCAUCAAGAAGGAGCUGGUCAACGACGAUGAGGACAUUGACUGGGUCCAAACAGAAAAGCAUGUGUUUGAGGCUGCGACAAAUUACCCGUUUCUGGUGGGUUUGCAUUCCUGCUUCCAGACGUCCAGCAGGCUGUUCUUUGUGAUUGAGUUUGUCAACGGGGGAGACCUGAUGUUUCACAUGCAGAGACAGAGGAAGCUGCCAGAGGAGCACGCCAGGUUCUAUGCUGCUGAGAUCUGCCUGGCCCUCAACUUCCUUCAUGAAAGAGGCAUUGUGUACAGAGACUUGAAACUUGACAAUGUGCUCCUGGAUGCUGAGGGCCACAUCAAGCUGACAGACUACGGCAUGUGCAAGGAGAAUCUGAUGCCAGGAGACAAGACCAACACAUUCUGUGGGACCCCCAACUACAUAGCUCCUGAAGUGUUGAGAGGAGAAGACUAUGACUUCAGUGUCGACUGGUGGGCCCUGGGGGUCCUGAUGUACGAGAUGCUGGCAGGACGCUCUCCCUUUGACGCUGUUGGAAAUGCCGACAACCCUGACCAGAACACAGAGGACUACUUAUUUCAGAUUAUUCUGGAGAAACCCAUCAGAAUACCGAGGUCUUUGUCUGUCAAGGCGGCUUCACUCCUCAAAGGAUUUCUCAACAAGGCACCAGCUGAGAGGCUUGGCUGUCAUCCAGCCACCGGCUUCUCGGAUAUCCAGUCUCAUCCGUUCUACCGAUCCAUCAACUGGGAGAUGCUGGAGCAGAAGCAGAUUGUCCCCCCCUACAAACCGUACAUCCGACAUGAGAGAGAUCUGGAACACUUUGACCCGGCUUUUACCAAUGAACCAGUCCGUCUCACGCCUGAUGACCCAUCGGCCAUCAACGAAAUUGACCAGUCUGAGUUUGACGGCUUUGAGUAUGUGAACCCGUUACUCAUGUCCAUGGAAGAUUGCGUAUAGAGGUGGGAACACAGACUCCUUGCUAGUGGAGUUGACAACAUACGAGAUCUGUUUUUCCUGACAUAGAAAGUAUUUUCUUGUUAUGCUUGUGUGUGGAUCGUCUUAUUUACUGUUUUGAGAGCUGUUUCGUCAGUAUCUUGUUUGUAUCACAUUGCUCUGAAACCGUUUUGUAAUGCAUGACCGUUUGAAAGGCAGUAAAAUUUGACCAAAUGGUAAAAUGCCCUUAAAAGUUGUUUUGCCAGCGAAACCAAUGAUCUUUGUGAAUAAAACUAUAAGUGUCUGUGCUUUAUGUGUAAGUGUUGAGUUGAAAGAAUGUUGAGAGAACUUAUAAAUUGAACAUGAUGUCAGCUGGUUCUGAUGAUUUUGAUGUCUUUUGUUUGUAGCUUCUAUCUUUUACUGUAAAGUGAAAGUUGGUUGGCAAUCCUAAGAUCUGUGCUCAACAAACAUCUACUUUGGAGAUGCUAACUUUUUUUUGGAGGAUGUUGUUGUUUCAGUUAUUUCUUUUCUUUUGUACGGUUGGAUCCUAGAGACUCCGCCCUGCUGAUUUUGUGAAGGAAUGAUGAUUGUUUAAUCAUUACAAUUUUAUUUUCAAUUUUCUAGUUCAUUGUACUUAACGACUGAAAGUUUCUUAGUCAUGUUAAGAUAAUUUUUGUUGUUUAUGUCAAUAUGUUGAUUGUUUGAAAAUACAAAAAGUAAAGCUUUGUAGAAUGUUAUAACAGAAUAUGAAAAGCAGCUGCAGCUCUCUUGGCACAUGGUCAAAAAGAAACCAGAAAACAAGGUCCCAAUUUUAUGCUCUAAUUUUUUUUUCUGUGUUGCUGUUGUGAAGAUUUUUCUUUUUUUUUCUUUUUUUUUUAUAUAAUGGCACACCAGCAGACCCAUGAGGCUUUGCUGAGCUGUGGAACUGUUUUUGAAGUGAGUGUAUUGAUGGUGGAACCAUUUUGUAUUAGAAUGAUAGAGGUACAAUAGUUCUUCAAAUCCUAAGCCUAGGUCUUCUUUUGUUGUUUCCGACAUUUGAUAUACAGGUAAUGGAUGGUUUAAAAUCUUUUAAUAUGCAUUUCAUAGAAAGAUAUGCUUCGUGGUACAUGCAUAAAAGUACACCAUGGUUGAUAGAUUUCUAAAUGUUAACACUGUCAGUUUUGAACAGAAAGUCAUUUACAAAGGGUACUAAAAUAUUAGUGUGAUAUGAGUUAAUUUAAUCAGGUUGGAAGAACUUGACAAUAAUGACACAGUUAUGUCAGUGAAGGUAAUGUGUGUUUAUCUUUUUGCUAAUGCGCUUGGAGCUAUACUUCUCCAACAGAUGUAUACAGCUCUUUAUAUCACCCUUUUUACAUAUCAACUACUGUCCAUUUAUGUAGAGCUAGUGGGUGUUGCUAGUGACGAUAAUGAUGACUGUGGAGGAUAUGAUAAGGAGUUGUCCUGUUUUGUUUACUGUCACAAAUUGUAAGGUUUUUUUGUUGGUCUGCCAAAAUACUCCAGUUGCUUCCUUUCCAUUAGUGUUGUGUUUCCUACCACCCUGGUGUCAGAUCUCAAAAACAUAUUUUUUUUCACAUCCAUAGGAUCAUUUCAGGCGUAUUCAUCAUAUAGAGAUGUUACUAGACAUACGAGACUUAUUGUUGCCAAAUUGAAGAAGAUUACGAGUAUAUGUGAAAUAUAAACAUUCAUCCUCUUUACUACACUUGGGGUCAUUUUUUUCAAGCGAACAGCUAUCAUGGUAAGCAGGAGCUGAUUAUUUUCUGUCUUCUUUCAGAAGGUUUGGUCAUUGAUAGUAAUUUAUUACCAUUGAAUGUAUUGUGGUUGCUCUACAGUUUCAUUCUAAGUAUUAAUAUGGUCUGUAGAUGUUUGUGGGUGGCUGGAGGGUGCCAGUGGUAGGUCGGACUUCAGUUCUUCCCCUCUGUUAUUUCUGUAUGUCUGUCUUGCUUGUAGAUGUUGCUGGGUGGCUGGAGGGUGCCAGCAGUAAGUCUGACUUCUGUUUGAUCCUUCUGUUGUUUUUGUCUAUCUGUCUGUCUUGCUUUUUCCCUGCAACGAAAUGACCAUUACUUCGUCGAUAUACUUCUCUUUACUCAAAAUCAAACUGUAUAUAUUCCGAAAUACAGUUGUUUGCGAUUGAGGGUUCUGACAAUGCGACAUUUUAAAGUUUCUGUACAAACAUUUAAAUUAAUAUUUUUUUGUUUACAGAAGUUUUUCUCUUUAUUCUGUGGAUCAUUCCCGAUAGCAGAACAUUCUGUAGCAUUCCACCCUUAUUGUCACUCUUGUCUGACCUGUGAACUGUGGUGAGAACUUCCUGUAGUUCAUUUUCAACAUUUGAUAUAGAGGCACAGCCCCAUCACUUUUUGUCUUGUGUUGGAUUAUGUUAGAGAAGAACCUUGGAACAUUUAGGGGAGGGGUUUUUUUUUCUCCAGUUUUUCUUUCCCUUUCUUUGGUCUAUGAUGGACUGGUGGACUUGCUUCUGAUUUUAAGCCGAUUCCUUACUUUGUUCAUUUUCUGGCCACUUUUUAAAACAAAAAUAAGAACACUAAUUUUCCGUAUCUUCCAGGGCCAUGAUAAAAAAGUUCUGGCAGAUUUUCUGCAGUCUCCGAAGUAAAUGCUGUUAGGCUGGAUAAUAUAUGGGUAGGAAGAGUAGGAUUGUUUCUGACCACAUCGUUUUUGUUUUGCCAUAUCAUCUCUGCUUUGCCAGAUUUUUUUUUUUUGCAUUCCGUUUCUAUUCCCCAGCUAGUCUCAACUGUGCUGUCAUCAUUCCAAAGUAGAAAAUGUAUCCUGUUUUAAUGGCAUGAGAUUCAUUCACAGCCUCACCUUUUUACUCUGUCUACUUUUCUAUUCUGCUUAUUGACUUUUCCUUCUUUUAUAACUCUUGAGGAAGAGGGCCUUGUUCUGAUGGUCAUAAACUGUGGCAGAAUGGACCAGGUGUAUGGUCAUGGGCAUUAGCAGAGUAUCUAGAUUUCUGGGUGUGAAGCAGGUUUCAGGUUGUGCACUUUGGCGGUGCAAAAUUUUUUUUCUACCUUUUUUUCAUCUUUUUCUUUGGAUAGCAAAAAUCAAAUUUUUCCCAAGUUUUUUUGUCUGACCUCAGGUUGUUUUUUUAAUUUAUUUUUUUAACGCAAUGGAUAGUAGAGGUCAUCGAAGGCGUUCUGGUAAGAUGCAUUAUUCUUGUCCUCUGCUGGUAAAAUCUUGAUUGGUGAUUUCACCAUAUGAAAGGGGUAAAGUUUUAGCCCACGAUUCUGUACUUUUCCAUUAGUAAUCUCAACGUAAUUUGUAAAACUGCAAUACAAA